AUGUAUGGAAAACCAAUAAAAAGAAAAAUUACAAAAAAAUGUAAUAAUGACAAAGAAUUGUAUCAUAAAGAAAAUGAUGAUGAAUCUAAGGUAUGUAUGGUUGAUAUUGAAUUUAAAAGAAUUAAGAUGGGAUUUGAAUCAUUAAGUAAAAAUCAGGUUUUGAAUAAAUCAUCUGAUGCAAGUAUUAAAUUAAAAAAAAAGGUAAAAGAUUUGGAUUAUACUAAGAGACAAAAAACAAUAAAUGAUGAUUAUAAAUUUAAAGAAGAAAAACAAACAGAUAAAACUAAGUUAUUGGAUCAUAAAUUAAUAUUACAUAGCAACAAGAAGGAAUUAUUAUUUUUUGAUAAAAAAGAUUUGAAUAAAUCUCUAGAAAAAAUAAAAGAACAUAUUUAUCAUUCUAUUGAUAUCGAUCCAUUUGAAAAUAAAAGUAAUACAUUUUGCUUGAAUAAACAUCGAAACAUAGACAAGAAAAAUAAUUUUAAACGACAGGCGAAUUUUAAUGAAAAUAAUUUAAAUAAUUUAAGGACCAAAAUUGACAGAUCAUACAUAAAAAUUAAUGAUAAACAGAAUUUUAGGCACAAUAAAAGAGAAUUGGAAAUAAAUGAUGACUUUGAUAAGAAUUAUAAAAUUAUAAAAAAAAGUAAUGAAAAUGAACAACAGUUAAAUAGGAUAAAUUUUUCAAGUAAAACGCUUGUACUUAAAAAUAUCAAAUCUUACAACAGUUUGCCAAUAAUGAACUUACAGAACAAAAAUGCUUUUAUGAAUGGCAAUAUUUGUAAAAAUUUUAGUAAUCAAUUUGUUUUAAAUUAUAAACUAGAAUCUGAUAUACAUAGAAAAACGAAAAAUUGUAAAAUAAUAAACCACAACGUAGAUUUAAAAACAAGUAAAUCAGAUGAAGUCACUUUAUUAAAAAAUGACAAAGAUAUUAGACUUAAUAAAAAAGACUAUUUUAUCAGAAAUCAAACAAUCAAUGAUACACAACAAAUAAAUGGCAUUUCUAAUAGAGAUAUUUAUGGUAAAUAUAUUUUAGAUUUUAUAUGUAAAAAUAACAAUUUUACCAGCAAAUACUACUUUAAUAGAUUUCCUGGAACUAUAAAUAGAUUAUACACAAAUAUUAAUACAAAUAAUUAUUUCAUAAACAAAAAUUAUCUGUUUAAUGAAUUAAAGGAUAAAAAUAAUACUGGUAUAAACAGUAAUAUAGAAAGAUCUAGUUCCGACAAAUUUAAAAACCUAAAUGUACAGACCACAAACAAUAAAUUUAGAGAUUUAACUGAGACUGAAAAAGAAUUAUUGUAUAAGGAAUUUUUAAAGAGAAAAUAUCGGUGCACAAAAGCAAAUAUAAGAUAUCUAGCAAAAGAUCUUAAUCUACCUCGUAAAAAAAGUAUAGAUUUUCUUUUAAAUAAAAUAAAAAAUAAAAAACAAGAAAUAAAAGAAGGAAUACAAAAUCUAUAUAAAAAAGCCGAAAAAGCAGCAAAAGAAAUCGAAAAAGUUCAAGAAUUAUAUAAUUUGGUGUUUGGUAAGAAAAAAUAA